GGUGGAGCUUCUAUGGAGUUGAGGUUCCUAAGCUACAAACAAUGGCAAGGAAGAUUUUGUCUUUGACAACGAGCUCAUCCGGAUGUGAACGUAAUUGGAGUACUUUUGAAGGGGUACACACCAAGAAACGAAACAGACUUGAUACACAACGUUUGAAUAAUCUUGUCUACGUCCAAUUUAACAUGAGGCUGUUGGCCAAACGAAAAAAACAAAAAGAGAAGAAAGUGGACGUACUACUUGCUGAUUGUGCUAUUCAUGCUCAAGAUUGGAUCGUUGAAGAAGAUGAUGUGGAACUAGGAGAUACUUCUGAAACUAUGGGAGACACAUCUAAAGAUGAUGAUUUGGCUAGAGAGCUUGAUGAGUCUGAUUAUGAAGAAGAAGUAGAUUUUGAGUUUGAGUCAGAUGAUGAUCACCCUUUUGAUGGAUAAGAUGAAGAAAGGUGUGACUAGAAGCUUCAUUAAAAUUUAUUUAUUAUUAAA